AUGUCUGCUGCUUCAGGAGGCCCCGGGGCCAAAGGACAGAGUCCAGCCCCUAUCACUUCUGGAUCUGCUCUGAGGAAGUGUGCAAGAUCAUCUUCCUCUUCCUCCAUCCUGGAUCUCACCUGCUCAGACCUGCUGCUUCAGCCCAACAUCUCUGCGUCCUCCUCCGUGGACGGGGUCUCCGAGGCCCAGCAGCAGGGCUUUCAGUUGUCCAGGGGCUCCAACUUCAACAUCAGCUGCUCCAUCCAGCCACAGUACCCAGGAGGCUCCUUCCAGCUCGCCUUCACCUCCUCCAUCACAUCACACAACUACACCCAGCCAGCUGUCAAUCACUCUGCCCACUUCCUGUUUCCUGCCGCAGAGCCCGCCCACCAAGGAAGCUACAGCUGCGUUUAUCACGUCCAUGUUUUUUCUCAUGACUUCUCCUCUGAGAGCCGUCGGCUGUCUCUCACUGUCUCAGAUCCAACAGUUCCUCUCAUCAUAUUGGUCGUCCGGCCGCUGACUCUGCUGCUGCUGUUGGUGUUGGUGAACGCUGCCCUUUAUUUCUACUAUAAGGCUAGAAGGAGGCAGAAGCCGGGCAGGCAGGAGGACAUUGAGCUGGAUUACUAUAAAAAGGGUGUUUGUGCAGCUGAAGGAGGGCCGACUGAAGAGGAAGGAGCUCAGGGAGCAGAGUAGGACCUCCAGGGAUCAUCUCAGCUGCCACACAACCCACCAUCAGCUCAGUCCAGGAUUUUACACUUUUAUACUGAUGUUCCCUUUAAACAAUCCAGCUGGAAUUAUUAGAUUACAUUAGAAACAUUUUAUUACUCUCAACCACAGGCAGAAAUUGUGGGAGGGUUGGGGGCGUCAGGACACCCCCCCCCCCCCCCCAUCUGAAGGGCGUUCCCCCUUAAAAACCAUUAAAUAAUAUAAUGAUAUAUACGGUGGGGUAUUUAUAUGAAAAAAAUUGGUGGGGCACCAACUAUUUCAAAAGAAAGGCUGUACCAGUACAACUACAACAGGCUACUCUUUCCUGCUACACAAGUGUUUUUUCAACAAUUCAACAGCACGGCCCCACAAACACUUGCAGCUUGCUUAAACCAGGUUUUGUAAACAUAGGCCAACACAGGAGGAGAGAGAGAGAGAGAGAGACAGAAAGCUAUUGCACAAGUUACAUUACGCCUGUCAUAAACCUAAAUUAAAGAUGCACUAAGCCGACACAACCAAACUCAGAACCAAUGAGCCUACAGGCGACAACUUUUUAAGGACACAUACCAACUCUAUGACACAGCAUUAUUGGUGUUCUUCUUCUUCUUAUUUUUAUUAUAACACAUUAUGACAACAAGCUUAACAGAUAAGCACUGACGCACUGACCCCCGUCACCAUCGAUAUCAAUCGAUUACCUCAGUCUGAAGGAUUUAUUAAUUAACUACAAUAACAUGGUUAAGGAUGCGAGAACACACUAUUUUUCUGAACUCAUUACUACACAUAAACACAA